AUGACUGCAAAGCUCAUUCUAUGCACCGGUGCCAACCAAGGGUUGGGAUUUGGUGUGCUCCAGGUCGCCGGUAACCGAUUCCCUGAGUCCACAUACAUCCUCGGAAGCCGUGACUUAGAGAAGGGCAAAGAAGCAGCGGCGAAAUUGAAGGAGUCCGGAAUCACUGCUAAGAUCGAUGUCGUCCAACUUGAUGUCACCAAUGAUACUCAGAUCGCUAAUGCUGUGGCCUUUGUGGAGAAAACAUAUGGCAAGCUUGAUGUUCUUAUCAAUAAUGCCGGUAUCAUUAAACGCGCUCCUCAAGGCGAUCUCGCCGGCAUCCGUAUUACUUAUAGCGAGAUCUUGAACACGAACAUAACAUCAGUGGCCGUCAUGACAGAGGCCUUCACUCCUCUACUAUACAAGUCCAAAGACCCCAAAGUCAUCAACGUCUCCUCAGGCCUAGGAAGUAUCCAGAACUCGCUCACCAAAAAGAUGGGCCGGUCUCCUCCAUAUGGCUCGAGCAAAAUUGGGCUAAACGGCUUGACGGUUCACAUGCAAGUUGCAGAGAAUGAUCGGAUUGAAGCUGGCAACGACGACCCAGAGAAGCCGCUGAUUCGCUUUUAUGCUUGCGCUCCAGGCGUUCUGAAGACUUCCUUCACGAACUACAUUGCUAGAGGCAGAUCGCAGGAAGAGGGAGCUGAGGUUAUCGUGCGAUUAUUGGCUGAUGAUGAUUACACGUACAAGGGCGGAUCGUACUGGGAGUUUGAAGGUGGAGAGAUGAGGGAAGUGCCUUGGUAA